AUUUAUUUGGAAUUUUUCCCCAGGCCAUCCUGCAGCUGGACAGCCCCAAAUCAGCACGGUACAUGCACAGUUUCCUGCAGCAGUACCCCUAUUCCAUGGGGGAGCACACACUCACCUGCUCCUUGUCCUGCCACGCAGACGCUUCCGAGGCUGAAAGCGGGAAAAGGGAAGUGAAGAGAGAGGAGGGGAGCAAAGCAAGCUCUGGCUUGAAAAAAAUCCCAGAGGGAUUGGGAACGGUGCAAAAGACACCCGGAAGUCCAUCGGGAGAGCCCAGGAAAGGCCAAAUUCCCAGCCCAAGUGUCCCAGAGGAGAUUCCAGCAGGACAGCUGGAGGUUCCAGAGUCACAGCAAGGAGGAGCAGGGAUGGACGUGGAGGAACUGGAUCCUGGAAUUGGAAUUCCCGUGGAUCCUGCUGGCAGCAAAUCGCCCGGAGCGAGGGUGGAGGAGAAACCCGGAGCGGGGAAGGAAGAGGCUCGGGAUGAGCCAGAGCUGGAAAUCCAAAAGGAGGAUGAGGAGCCCUCUGCUCCUGCUGUGGAUCCUCUGGAAUCUUCCAGCAAAGGGAUCCCAGCUGGAGGAACACCAGGAGCCAUCCCUGGAAUGUCCUCAAGCUCGGACGAGGCGUCACCCGGCGUCACCCAGCCCAGCACGGAGCCGGCUGCUCCGGAAAAAACUCCAGUUCCUGAGGCUGGGAAAAGCAACUGUGAAACAUCCACGGAGAGGAAAACUGUCCCAAAAAGUGGGGAUGCUCCAGAGAAAAACUGGGAUGUGGCUGGAGCAGAGAGAGAGGGGACGGCGGAGGAAUCCGGGCUCAAAACGGGGGAAAAUCCGGGGACAAAAGCUGGGACAGAGCUGGAGAAAGCACCUGGAAAAACGUCCUGCAAGGGUGGGGAAAACUCUGGGAAUGCUGUUGGGGAGAUCCACGUGGGAAGUUCAGUUAAAAUCCCACCAAAUAAAGGGGUGGGAGCUGCAAAAUCCGACGAAAGCCGCGCGGCAGCUCCGGUAAAUCCCGCUGGAUCCCUGAAGGAAUCUUGCGCUGGGAAAACCCUUCUGAAGGCGGUGGUGUCCGUCCCGGAUAUCCUGAAACAGAGAAUUCCCGUCAGGAUCACCGAGCCUUCCCUGGGAAAAGCUGGGGAGCAGAAAAUCCCCCCCAAAACGGGGCUGGAGAAGAAAAUCUCAGGCAAAGCCGCGGCUCAGCCCGGAGCUGGGAACAACCAGUGGAAAGGGAACGGAAAUUCCGGGAUGGAUGCACAGGGUGCAGAUGGUGGGAAGAGCUCAUCCCAGCAGGAAAAGGAUUCCCAGCUGGAAUCUCGAACGAGUUCAAAGCAGCAGGGAGAGAGUGGAACAUCUGGAACAUCUGGCACGAGGGAAAAUCCAGGCGGGAAUCAGGCUCCUGGUGGAGGCGGUGCUGCAGCUUGGAAAGGCAGUGCUGGAAAACAGAAGGAGGAGGAAGAGCUCUUCCCCUUCAACCUGGACGAGUUCGUCACGGUGGACGAGGUGCUGGAGGACGCCGAGUCUCCGGCGACGCCGCGGCGAAACCCCCCGAGGGGGAAGAGAAAAGAAAUGCCCAAAGCCAACCCUUCGGAGCCGGCGUCCAAGAAGAGGAGAGGGAAGAGUUGCGGAGCCGAAGGUGAGCUGUCCUUUGUCACCUUGGAUGAGAUCGGGGAGGAGGAGGAGGAGGAGGAGGAGGAGGAGGACGCGCCGGCGCCGCUGCCAGGCGUCGACCCGCGGGGCCUGGUGGUGGUGGAUGAGGUGGUGGAAGAGGAGGAGCUGUCGGAAGCGGUGAAGGAUCCGCAGGCGCUGCUGACGCUGGACGAGAUCUCGGAGCAGGAGGAGCCGGGAGCCCACGGCAGCGGGCCCCGGGCGGAGUUUGAGGAGCGGGAGCUGAAGGCGGAGCCCUUGGUGACCGUGGAUGAGAUCGGCGAGGUGGAGGAGCUGCCCCUCAACGAGCCGGCCGAGCUCAGCGCCGCCGAGGAGGGAAAGGCCCAUCCCGGGGACUGCGCCGCCUCCCAGGUGCCCGACGACCCCAACGCCCUGGUGACCGUGGAUGAGAUCCAGGAGGACAACGAGGACAAUCCUCUGGUGACUCUGGAUGAGGUCAACGAGGAUGAGGAUGAUUUCCUGGCCGACUUCAAUCACCUCAAAGAGGAACUAAACUUCGUUACGGUCGAUGAAGUCGGUGACGAGGAGGAAGAAAACACUUUCCCGGGGAAAAACCUGCCUGAAGAUGAAGAUGAUGAAGAUAUUGUUGCUGUUGCAGGACCAGAAGAAUUGGGGAUUCUGGGAGAUACAAAUCCAGAGGAGGAAAUGGCUGAAAUCUCCAAGCCAAAAGCAGCUCAGCUGGGAUCAGAAGAUGCAGAACCAAAGUCUCAACAGAAGAAAACGACUUUUCCAGGUGUCCCCAAGACGCAGAGCACUCCCAAAGCUCUGGAUAUCCUGGUGCCAAAGGCUGGAUUCUUCUGCCAGAUCUGCUCCCUCUUCUACGCCGACGAACCCUCCAUGAUCAACCACUGCAGGACCCCCCUGCACAGGCAGAACAUGGAGAAAUUCAUGGCCAAGCAGCAGGAUAACGGCGGAGAGGAGCCGAGCUCCAGGUGAUGGAGCUCCCCAGGAACAACACUUUGGGGCCAGUCAGUUCUGUGUGUUUGGAUUUCCUUUGGAAUUUGGGGUCAGGAAGGAGCAUCCACGGUGUAAAAAUUCAGAGCUGGGAACAGACUAAAACCCAAACCCAGGAGAGGGUUGGGUUUGUGUUUCCGAUCAUGCGACGUGGGAGAGACUUGCAGGUGUCCCCAGGAAAUAAAUGUUCUCAUUGUAUAGUUA